AUGGGCGCGAAGCAGAGCAGCCCCACCGCCGCCAAUGGCCGCACCCGGGCGUACUCGGGCGGGGAUCUGCCUUCCUCGAGCAGCAGCAGCAGCGGCGGCGCUAACGGGACCGGCGGGCGCUCGGCAGGCGGCGGCGGGCGCUACUCGCACCUGGCGGCGGCGCCUCACGCCGCUCCCGGCGGCGCGGCGGCCGCGGCGGCCGGAGGAGCGGCGGCGGCGGGGAGUGCCGCGGGGUCGGCACCCCGGAGCAGGUCCUUGGGGGGGGCCACGGCCUCCGGGGCCCGGGCGGCGCAGUCCGCCUUCAACAUCCCCCACAGCAGCGGCCCCUACGGCUCGCAGGACUCGGUCAGCAGCACCCCGGAGGAGGGCGGCCGGGAGCGGCCCGCGGGGGGCGGCGGCGGCGGCGGCUCCUCCGGCGGGCCCCGGCUGGUGAUCGGCUCGCUGCCCGCGCACCUCUCGCCGCACCUGUUCGGAGGAUUCAAGUGCCCUGUAUGUUCAAAAUUUGUAUCUUCUGACGAAAUGGAUUUACAUCUUGUGAUGUGUUUGACAAAACCAAGGAUAACCUACAAUGAGGAUGUGCUGAGUAAAGACGCUGGGGAGUGUGCAAUAUGCCUGGAAGAGCUGCAGCAAGGAGAUACUAUAGCACGGCUGCCUUGCCUCUGCAUAUAUCAUAAAGGCUGCAUAGAUGAAUGGUUUGAAGUAAAUAGAUCUUGCCCUGAGCAUCCAUCAGAUUAAGACAAGACUCAUAUUUUUAGCUGCUUCCACUGAUCAGAAAGCAUAGGAGAUGUGAGGUUCUCUUGCUGAACACAGCGUGCCUGGCUUGAGACUUAGUUCUUUGUGGCUGAAAAAGGCAAAGAUGGACAGUGACACGGAGAAAGCAUUGCAGACACCGUUACUUGACAGUAGUGCUCAGUAUACCAAACACUCAUGCAAAGGACACACAGGGAUUUUGAAAAUGCUGCACAUCCUGUAACAAUCGACUCCCCAGAGACAUUACUGACACUGUUUUGUAUCGAAGGCCAAAGUUCCAAAUUUCAGCCCAACUUCUGGUUCUGUGAAGAAGCGAGUUAUUGGACAUGUUUCCUACUGCCUCCAGUGGGAGUGGAGACGUUUGAUACGUGCUCUCUGAGACCCUUGCAGGGGAACGGCCCCAGAUCGGAGUGGGAACGUUUUCACCUUCUCGUUGGCUGAAGAACAGUACAUGGCAAACUAAAUAAAAUCUAACAGUGUGACCUUAAUUUACUGAAUUCACACCCUGUUUUACGUUCUUCACUUUUUUCAAGAACAGAAAACAUAACCUGCUCUGUGUAGGAAUACUGUAUUUCAAAGUUUUGUAACUAAACCUUUGUCACAAUGCAGUCCAAAGAGUAAAACCAAGACAGGUAACUAAUUUAUAUUGAUCAAGCUAUAGAGAUUGUUGAAAUCUGCACAUUGUAUUGCUAUUUAAGUAACUAAAACGUCUCUUUUAUUGCUCAUGAGUCAAAAUGACAGAAAGAAAUGCAGCAAAGCAAAAUCUUACAGCUAUGCAACUUUUUUUAAAAUAGGAAAAAGAAAUGAAUUACCAAUUUUAAGUGCUGCCAGUUAAGGUAAUUUGUUUAACGGGUAUUUUUUUAAAGAUGUUUCAGGUAAUUAUUUUAUUGUACUACUCUCAUCUCCAGGCUGCCUCCUGAGGUGUAAAUGAAUAACUGCAAGUGUGGGCAUGGGGAGAGGUUUUUAUAGGCAUGGGCGAGAUUACAUCGAGGUGGGAUUUGUGUUUAUUUUUCGAACAUGCGCAAGUUCAUGUUUCCUUGUUUGAAUGUGUUUUUUGGUCGCAGGAUCUGUAGUACAUUGCAUCUAAACCCUUGGUGUCUUCGUGUGGAGACCACCAUUUGACAGUGUGGGUUUUCGUUUAGUUUGGGUUUUUUUCUAUCUUUCUUUUUUUUUUUUUUUUUAAAUUCAUCUGCAUUUGUUUAAUUUAUUAUUAUUUUACUGUAUUAUAUUGGUAUACCAGAGCUCCACAAAACACAGGUUGUCUCUGGGUGGAUACACCAAGUAAAACUGUGGAUAUGUAUUAGUUCCCACAAAGUAUCACAGUUAAAAUUGAUUUUUUUUUUUUUUAAAGACAAUGAACUGGAACAGAUAUCAGGGUUUAGAAGCAUACUUUUUAUAUCGAGAAUUAAUUGUAGUAGUUUCUGAAUUUCACAACACAGGGAAGAGUUUAUGAAUAUUUAUUAGCAACAGUAUUCUUAGUGAGUUUCAAUGGCUACAAUAAGUUGCACAACACUUCAGACUUUUUCUUGUACAUAAAUAAUUCUGGUUGGAUUCUGGUUUUUUUUGUUUUGUUUGUUUGUUUUGUUUAAGUACACAUUUCUCUCUGUUGCUGCUGUGAUUUAUAUCAAAAAGGGCAAAGAACAGGAGCAACUACCGCUAUCUGGAGAAGAAGUGCAGUUCAUGUUCUUAAACUCUCUCAUCUUGCUUGAAUAGCAGUUCUUCCCUGGAUAACAUUUUCUCCUGAAUGUUGCUCUGUAAAAUGCCUUUGUUACGCUGCAAAUCUAAAGGAGUCCAAACUAGAUAAUUGUCAUAAUUGCCAGUGCAGUUUCUCUACUUUUGGGCUUGCAUCACUGGUUUCAGCUGAACCUGUAAGCUAUGAGGCCCUGUUGAGUUCUCUUUUUCAGUGGGAGCAGAAUCAUUUUGUCACACAUUCGAUUCUGUAGUCACAUCAAAUGUACAGUCAUUCCCUGUACAGAGUCCUUUUUUGACGAGAAUAUUUGUGUUGCCUUGUAUUAUCUUGGGGGAGGGAGGGAGGGAGGGGAUGUGGAACUACAGCACCUGUGAUACUCAAAUAGUGGUGUUGCCUGCAGGCCCAUUUUCCCAAUGUUUUAAACUCCUGAUAUCUUCUGAAAGUAAAACUUUUCCAUUUGCAUUGAUUUAAUGUUUACUGUUGGCUUCAUGCCUGCAGAAACUCACCUGUAGCCAUGUAAAGGGGGUAGGUCGGUGUUUUGAUGUCCUGUGCUCUGAGGUCAUAGAUAGUCUUUGGCUUGAGGGUUAAGUACGUAAAUACAAGAAACAUAAAUCUGUGUACAACUUGAGCUCAGUUUUGGUAGUUCAUACUUCUAGUUCACUUACUGUUUCCUCAAAACCCUUCAUCUUCUGUAUUCAGAUGGAAGUAACUGAUUUAAAGGCCCAGCAGUUGGGACUGUUGUCCCAUGUUUAGGAACAGUGUUGGAAAAGCAGGUCACUAGCUAUUGCACUGGUGAAGCUUUUGCAGGCAAGAGUCCAUGGCUGCUUCCAUCGGCACAGUAGAGCAGCAGUUCCCUAGAUUAUUUGAGGAACUGAUACAAGGUCAGCUUUAGUUUGAUGUUCUUGGUAUCCAUAAAUCUCUUCUGAAAGACAAUGGGAGGUUUUCUUGUAUCAAAACCUGUAAGAUAGACCAAGCCUGGAAUGACCCUGGAAGCAUGAGAGUGAUGCUUGGGUUUGAAAACACCAGUGGAAACUCACCUAGGUACGCUUUCUGUCACCAUCAGCUGGUGAUGACCAUGCUGUAGGCACAGCUCUAGUCACAGACAACACCUUAAUUUUGAAAAUGUCCUCACAGGGGUGUCAACUCAUUGUGCUUCAGAAGGGAAAAAUAAACACCAAACAAGUCCUGUGUCUCAAACAAGGAACACCACACUUGUCCACAAGAAGCAAUAACUUCAAUUUCGGUGCGAUAUGCUUCUUUGCCUGUAAAUAUCUUGAGAUUGCCAAUUCUGUGCUUUUCAGAGUAUUUUCUGUCAUCUGGCCUAUAUCUUCCCUAAGUAUGUAAGGGUGUGAAAUAAUUCCCAUACUCAGGUCUGCCAUAAACAUGCUGCUUGCCAGCAGGGGAAGAGUAGAUUUGACACUGUCUUGAAAUGUGCGAUUUUUCUGAACUUGUAACAUACCCAUGUCUCUUCAGUAGCAGCUCGUGUUUUGAAGUUCAUAGUGGAGGUGGCUGUGAGUUGGUUUGUAUUUAACCAUACCCCAUACAAUAACAAGGGAGUCAAGACUGCUGUCAGCACAGGGCACCCUUUGUCCUGGCACUUACAAGUCAGUAUAUCUAUAAUAAUGCUUCCCUUUGGAAGGAGGUAGCUCAUUUUCUUGCAGUGUGUACAUUCAGCAAUGAGUUGAGCAGGAUGUAAAAGCAAAAAUAUGAAGCACACCACAAAUUAUUGGUAUUUUAAUUUUGGGAGGGAUAAAGCCAAAAACAGAUGGUCUUAUUUGUAGUCAGGUUAGCUGUCAUAAUCAAGGGGAAGUGUACUGGGGUAUUUUGGAAGGGAAAACAUGUAGGGUAUGUAGAAAAAUGUGGGUGGAUACUUGUGACCUUGGUUUUUUUCCCUGCUUCUCCUCUUAUGAUGUAAAGGGGGUUUAUGACUGAAUCUCAAGAUUUAUACAUUUAUCCUACUUCUUAAUUUUAGGAGCACUGGGUUUUUAAUUAAGCUUUGCUGAAAGGCUGGAGAGCUGGUACAACAGACUCCCAGGAAACUGAAAUCUCAGCAAAUAUGGGAAUAUUGCUGAGUUGAAAAAAAAAAUUGAAAUUUUUCAAUAAAAAAAAAUUUUUAUUGAAAAAUGUGGAUCUUUGGUAUUUAUGGAGGGAUAUGUCUAAUAUGCGAGAUGUGCUGGAGAAUGCUUUUAGUGCUCUGCCUUUUCUAUGUGAGGGCUUUGGAAACUUGCUCCAUUUCUUCCAUGUUCCACCAAAAGCAAGGGACUUGGCACUUGGAUGUUACUAUCUCUCUUUGCAAAUGGUGGCAAAACAUUGCUUUUGAUGCAGACAGUGAUCUCUCUAAGUUUCUUGUAGCUUUUAGCUGUUUUCCUGUAUUGAAGGAGUAUUUGUGUGCAAAAUUGGUACUAAUUCUGCUGUGCUGUUGGGAUUUUCCUGCUGAGAGACUACCACACACCUGGGAGUGCAGAAGUGCUACUAUGGGAUCUUCCAGCUCACCUUUGGUAGUGGAGGAUUCUCUCUUUUUUUGAUGAGUGCUAUAUUUGAUGAUUCACUUGCCACCCUUCCGAGCUUUAAAGUCAUCAUAGUAUCUGUUUCUUCUCUGCCUAGCUGAAGAUGAGAUAUAUGUUAGGCCAUAUUCCUAUAUGAAUAGGCUUUCCAUUGGCAUCAGCAAAAGUAAUCUAAGAGGUUGUAACUGUAAGAGAAGGCUUCUUAUGGAUUUCCUACAAUCCAGCCAAAUGUGGUUUUAUUCAUGCAGUUCCUACCACUUUUUGUCAUUCAAAACACUCUGCGUGAGAAAUCCGCGACAGAACUAUGUCCAGGAUUUGUUUUCCUGAAUGAAAAAUCUGUGAUGUUUCUGUUUCUCCACAUAAGUAAGCUGCUUCUAAAAUCAAGUUGGAGAUGGUUUAGCUUGUUGGGGGUUAAAAAAACCAAUCCAGUCCAUACUCUCAAAUUACAUUUGGUUAUCUUACUCCACAAUUAUAGGCUGGCUUUCCAAGCUGCUUGUGUUCUGUAAAGUCAUGUCUCAGUUAGUACAUCAGAGCUGAUGAUGGGAUAAGCUGUAAAAUGACCUCACUGUGGGGCAUUAUUAGUUGUUGAAGACUUGCUCAGGUAAACCACCAUAGGAGUAACCUGCACCUGAAAAAGGAAUAUCCUGCACCAUAAGAAUAUCCUGCACCUGAAAAAGGCUGGACUUGGUUCUGUCUUGGAUUUAAUAAGUUGCCAGUGUAAAGAAGUAGAAGGCAGCCAGCCCACUCACUGAUCUUUCUGGCAGCUUUUAAUCUAUGUGUGUUUGUUUGAGAGACUUUUGCCCUUGGGUGUGCUUUGGCAAAGAUUUUGCAACGAUAAAUAGGAUUUGCUCGAUUUUGGCAGAGUUUCAAGUGUAAGUAACCCGACGUUGCAAGAACAUAAUCUGUUGCUGAAUCCUGUUCCUCUUGUUUUCUUUCAAAUCUGUCCCUUUUAAUGCUGAUAUGUUAUAUUUCAUAGUAAACACUUCUCAACACAACUGGUCACAAGCUCUCAAGGUGUGAAAUUCUAAGAGAAAGAGACAUCAAAGCUUGAUUCUAUGCUCUUGUAUAUAUUAAGAUGAAGCUGGAAUAUUUGUUACCAUACAGUGAAGAAUUCUCCCCUAGCUGAUAUUGCCAAAGCACUAUAACUUUCAAGGAAGAAGGGAGGUGGCUUAGCUGUAGAGGGGAUGCUUUAGUGAGCUACAUAAAAACUACUUGUAACAAAUUUUAAGAGCUGCAGUGUGGCACUGAAUGAGUGGUGAUCCAGCGUUAACCUUUAUCCCUUGAUUACAAAUCUCAUUCUGGCUCUUCCCACCCUUUGGCAGAUACCUGCUGGGAGGGAGCAGAGUGUGUACUCCCUUUUUUUUGUAUGCCUCUUCCUACAGACCUAACCUUGCCCACGGUGAGUUAGAGGGAAGUCCAUGCUUGCUUCUGAAAUGCCACCUGUAUGUUCAGUGGUAAUGGACAAGAUACCUUCCUUCAUUACCCGGAGCAGAAAUUGGAAUGUAAUUUGCAAUGUCUAAUGUAAAUGUAAAAUAUAUUUGUUUGUUUUGUUUUGUUUUGUUUUUUUUUUUUAAUUGAGCAGUAUGAUUGCAAGUUGACUUAAGUUGUUCUAAGGUACUCUUUUCAGUGGUUUGCCAGUACAUAAUCACGAAUGAAAAUAUUUUUUUAUUGAUUUUUAGGUUGUAUGUUUAACAUUCCAUUCAUGUAAAAUAUGUACAAAUAUAUGUAAUAAAUCUUUUGAAGCACAGUUUUCCUCACA